ACUGACUGCCAUGACAACAGGUUUGCUCCUGCUCUGUCUGGGUAGCUCAGGUCUGGAGCUCAAUCCCAGCGUCUCUCAGGUCAUCCUCUCCAUCAACUCCUCCUUCAGCAUCACCUGCUCCGGCUGGAAUGACGUCACCUGGCGCUUCAAACGGGAGGAGAAAGUUCCGGAGUUCCACGUCGAGAAGCCAAGUUCGUCCUCCAGCGUUCUCAGUCUGGAGCAGGUGACGUGGAGACACACGGGCGUUUAUGUGUGUUCGGAGAACGGGACAGAUGAGACCAGAGAGGUGGCCGUCUUUGUGCCUG